GUCUUCCUCCUCCUCCCUCCCUCCCUCCCUCCCUCCGGAACCGUCCUCCACCGAUCGCCCAAUUCCUAAACCCCGCACCUUCGUGCGUACACCCUCCGCCGCCUCGCUCAGCUGAGCGGGGUCGAUCGAUCUCCUCCGAUUCCAGGGCCCUGCAACGCUCGCGCCACCCGCCCGGCUCGACGCCCGCGAGGACAUGGAGAGCUCCGGAGCCAAUCCUGAAGACAUUAUUGUGCCGCCAGUCGAAGGUGUUGCUGGAGGAGGAACUGCUUAUGGAUGGAAUGAUGGUGGCUUUCACGUUUCGAAUCUACUGAAGGAAUCAAUUAACCCCAGUGAGGUUCCUACAGCAGAUUUAGUGCAUAUCUGGUGCAUGCCAAGCACAGCAAAUGUUGGGCAUCAGGAAAUGCCUCGACCUUUGGAGCCGAUAAAUCUGUUGGCAGCAAGGAAUGAGAGAGAAAGUGUUCAAAUUGCUAUGCGCCCAAAACUUACUUGGGGUGGCUCUGGCAUGGCAGGGGUAGUGCAAGUUCAGGGUUGUGACUUAUGCUCCAAAUCUGGUGAUCGGUUGGCUCUUGGAAAGUCAGUUACGCUGCGGCGGGUGGUGCCCAUAUUAGGUGUCCCGGAUGCUCUUGUUCCGAUUGAUCUUCCAACAAGCCAAGUGAGCUUAUUUCCGGGUGAAACUACAGCAAUUUGGGUAUCAAUAGAUGUUCCCGGCGAGCAACCUCCUGGGCAAUAUGAGGGGGAGAUCACAAUUACUGCGACAAAGCUAGAUAAAGAGUAUAUCAAAUCAGCAGGUCAAGGCUUAACCAGAGCGGAGAAGCAUCAACUGUACAGGGAACUUAGAAGCUGUCUAGACUCUGUGGAGCAAAUAGAUGAAAAACCACUGGAAGAAGUGGUUCAAAGAGUGAAAUCAGCAAGUACGUCUUUAAGAAGAGUUCUAUUAUCUCCAUCGUUUUCUGAGUUCGUUUCUGAAGAUGCAUUAGAUGAUUUGAUGGAUGAAGAUGCUGGUUCAAACCUUCCAGUGCGUGUGAAGUUAAAUUUGACAGUGUGGGACUUUGUUCUUCCUGCAACUCCCUCACUACCUGCAGUUUUUGGUAUAUCUGAUACUGUAAUUGAGGAUCGGUUUGGUGUACAACAUGGGACAGAAGAGUGGUAUAAUGCGUUGGAUCGGCAUUUCAAGUGGCUCCUUCAAUACAAAAUCAGUCCAUAUUUUUGCAGAUGGGGUGAUAGCAUGCGUGUUUUGACAUAUACCAGUCCUUGGCCUGCUGACCAUCCAAAAUCCGAUGAAUACUUCUCGGACCCACGAUUAGCAGCAUAUGCUGUACCAUACUGUCAGGCAGUCUCACGCGGCACUGCAUCAGAGGACUAUUUGCAGAAGGAAAUUGAGAUCUUGAGGACAAAGCCCCACUGGAAGAAAGCCUACUUUUACCUAUGGGAUGAGCCACUGAAUUCAGAACAAUAUGAUUCCAUUCGCAGAAUGGCCAGUGAAAUUCAUGCUCAGGCUCCUGAUGCUCGUAUAUUAACUACUUACUAUUGUGGGCCGAGCGACAUGCCUCUUGCUCCUAAUGCCUUUGAGGCUUUUCUGAAGGUUCCGAAGUAUCUACGCCCUCACACUCAAAUAUAUUGUACUAGUGAGUGGGUUCUGGGCAAUCGAGAGGAUUUGGUCAAGGAUAUCAUUGCUGAGCUGGAGCCAGCAGAUGGUGAGGAGUGGUGGACAUAUGUGUGCAUGGGACCAUCUGAUCCUCAUCCCAACUGGCACCUCGGGAUGCGGGGGACACAACAUCGUGCUGUUAUGUGGCGAGUAUGGAAGGAAGGUGGUACAGGAUUUCUUUAUUGGGGUGCCAAUUGUUACGAAAAGGCGACAGUUCCUAGUGCUGAGAUAAGAUUUAGACGCGGUCUUCCACCUGGUGAUGGUGUUUUAUUCUACCCCGGCGAAGUCUUUUCAUCUUCUCAGGAACCAGUUGCUUCGAUCAGACUUGAGCGCAUCCUCAGUGGGUUGCAGGACUACGAGUACUUGAAGCUCUAUAGUUCGAAAUAUGGCAGAGAUGAAGGGCUGGCUCUCUUGGAGAAAACAGGUCUUUAUUUAGGUCCAGAGCGUUACACUCUGGAACACAUGCCCGUCGACAUGAUGCGAGGCGAGAUCUUCAACACCUGCCGCUCGUGAUCGGUUUUUACCCGGUCAAAUUUUGUGCUAUUUGUGUUUUAUUCUCUGUAACUGUAAUCUUGGAUAAUCCUGUGUAAAAGCCCAAUGUGCUUAUGGCAAAACUCAGUGGAUUUUCCACUGGGGCAAUCCAGUUUUUCUGAGGGAUGAUGGGGUACAUAGUGGUCACAUAUAAGAUUUUGCUUAUGGCCGGGUCCACAUAGGUGAUAUUAGCUGUAUCUAUGUCCUAGUGCUGAGGCAUCAUAUUUACUUGGAUGAAUAGACCGUAUGGUUCUUUUAAUGCUUGUCGAGAUUGCAUUUGGGA